AUGGAACUGUUCGGUUUUGUGGGCAUACUCAGGGAGACCUUCAGAAUCCUCCUAUCAAAAAAUGGGAAGCUAAUUGCGGUUAUAACCUUCAUCUCCAUGUUCUUCAGCCUUCUUUUUUCGAUCGGCCACAUCUUGUUUACCGUCAGAUUGAAAGAGGACAUAAUUGAGAAAGGUGUGCUUAUUAUGCUCUCUGGUCCUAUGGACCCUGAAUCAGCAGAUUUGAUUACUUUCAUAGGAAAAGACAUUGGAAUCCUCUUACUUGUGUCAUGGGCUUUCUUUAUUUCCAACAUUAUUCUCUCGGUUUUCACCAUGGUCUCAACAACAUUUGUGUCAGCCAGGUUCUACCAGGAGAAGGAGAAGACAUCGUUUUCAUUCAAAGAAUUGUUAUUGAAGGUCAAUGGGUCCAUCUUUAGGCCAACUCUUACAUUGUUUUACAUACUUCUCAUGUGCAUUGGUCUCUUUUCUUUGGCAUUUAGUCUCCUCGUACUACUUUCAUUGUUCAUCGACUUAUUUACAACGCUAAAGGCCAUAGCCAUAGCAACAUCAAUCAUUGUCCUCACUAUCUGGCUCUACUUAUCCGUUGUGUUUCGUUUGGCCAUGGUAAUUUCAGUUCUUGAUGAGCGGUUUAGUGGGAUUCAAGCGCUGGGAAAGGCUGGGGGACUUGUCAAGAAAAAGAGGUUGGAUGGUUUUGUGUUAAACCUUCUCUUCGCAGCAGCACUUAUAGCUGUGGAUGUUCCCUAUAUAAGGAUGAGGAUAGACAUCCAAUCUGCAUCGGUUGUCAUUCAAGUGAUUAUCGGGGCUAUCGUGGUAGUUUUCUCCGAGUUUGUGGCCGUGUUUGAACAUAUGUCCUACACGGCAUUGUAUUUCGAGUGCAAGAGGAUACAUGGAGAAGAGAUCAUUGAACUACAGGGAAAUUUGGAAUACAAAAAACUUCCUUCUAUGGCAAUAACUGCUGAAGAUCUCCCUUAG